GUGGGCAGCUGCGUGAAUAUAAAGCACAGCGUUCUCCGCCUCCUUAGCGAAGAGUUGCGGUCAAGCAACGAGACACUGCGCACCAUGAAAGCCAUCCUUCGUCUUCUGGCUGCUGUACUCCUCGCGGCAGCUGUGUCUGCUGCUGCGGAGACAAAAAAGAAAAACGAUAAGAAGGAUGACGGCAAAAUAGAGGGCCGUGGACUGCUUCAUCCCGGCGCCGGCGCAGUAGUCUUUCCUGGCUUCCCUGGAGUCUGUCCACCGUGCCCUUGCGGUUACGGCGGUGCUGUUGGUGGUAUAGGCGGUGGCUACGGAGGCGGCUAUGGCGCAGGAGCCGGUGGAGUAGGAGGUGGCUAUGGAGCUGGCUAUGGCGCAGGAGCCGGUGGAGUAGGAGGUGGCUACCGCGGAGCUGCCGGUGGAGUAGCCGGCGGCUACGGUGGAGCUGGUGGUGGAACUGCUGGUGGAGUAGCCGGUGGCUACGGCGGAGCUAGUGGUGGAGCUGCGGGUGGAGCAGGAGGCGGCUAUGGUGGAGCUGGCGCUGGAGCAGCCGGUGGAGUAGCAGGCGGCUACGGCGGAGCUGGCGCUGGAGCAGCCGGUGGAGUAGCAGGCGGAUACGGUGGAGCUGCCGGUGGUGCUGCCGGCGGAGUAGCUGCCGGUGGAGCAGCAGGUGGCUACGGAGCCGGUGGGGCUGCCGGUGGAGUGGGUGGCGGCCGCGGUGUGGCCGGGGGUGUUAGAGGUGCCGGUCUCGUUGGGGGAGGACCCGGCGUGGUGGGUGGCCCUGGAGUCGUUGGUGGAGCGGCGGCCGUCUCUGGGUUCAAGGGUGGUGCCGGAUUCAACGGUGGUGCCGCAGGUCAGCAGGCUGGCCAGGGCAGCUUCGCCUAUAACGUCGGAGGGUCGGACAAGAUGGAGUACGGCCACAGCAGCUCUUAUGGUGACUCCAAAAGCUUCGGCAUGAGCUCCAGUGAAGGGUUUAACAGGGCCCAGGGACAAGGUAGCCAAGGAGGUGCCUUUAAAUCGCACGCUGCGGGAGCUGGCGGAGCGGUCGCAAGUGCCGGAGCCAAGGUUGUCGGCUAAGACUACAUCAUUUGCAGUUGCGCAUAGGAUUGAAAAUCCAUGGCGUCCUAAGGCUUGUACCGGUGAACCAGGGCCAUCCUACAUUUACCUCUGCAGCCAACUUCUUUCAACACUGUACAGAGCAUAUUCAUCAACUAUAAUGUAAAAAGACGUCAAAUUCCACUUAAGUGUAAUAAUUACGUGCUACCUGUUUCCAAUGAAAUAAAAUACGGUAAUGAAACGUU